AGGACCCCUCCCCUGACAGGACCAAUGACAUGACUUUGCUGCCCACACCCACUUAGGAGUGGAAUGACUACAAGCUGCGCUGGAAUCCGGCCGAUUUUGGCAACAUCACAUCCCUCCGGGUCCCCUCAGAGAUGAUCUGGAUCCCUGACAUUGUCCUCUACAACAAUGCGGACGGGGAGUUUGCUGUGACCCACAUGACCAAGGCCCAUCUCUUUUCCUCGGGCACUGUGCACUGGACGCCCCCCGCCAUCUACAAGAGCUCCUGCAGCAUCGACGUCACCUUCUUCCCCUUCGACCAGCAGAACUGCAAGAUGAAGUUCGGCUCCUGGACCUACGACAAAGCCAAGAUUGACCUGGAGCAGAUGGAGCGGACAGUGGACCUGAAGGACUACUGGGAGAGCGGCGAGUGGGCCAUCAUCGACGCCACGGGCACCUACAACUCCAAGAAGUACGACUGCUGCGCCGAGAUCUACCCCGACGUCACCUACUACUUCGUCAUCCGCCGCCUGCCGCUCUUCUACACCAUCAACCUCAUCAUCCCCUGCCUGCUCAUCUCCUGCCUCACCGUGCUGGUCUUCUACCUGCCCUCCGACUGUGGAGAGAAGAUCACGCUCUGCAUCUCCGUGCUCCUCUCGCUCACCGUCUUCCUGCUGCUCAUCACCGAGAUCAUCCCGUCCACCUCCCUGGUCAUCCCGCUCAUCGGCGAGUAUCUGCUCUUCACCAUGAUCUUCGUCACCCUCUCCAUCAUCAUCACUGUCUUUGUCCUCAACGUCCACCACCGCUCACCCAGCACCCAUAAUCUGCCCCGCUGGGUGCGGGUGGUCUUUCUGGCUUGGGUGCCCCGCUGGCUUCUGAUGAGCCGGCCGCUGCCACCACCGCCACCGCCGCUGUCACCCCUGGACCUGAAGCUCAGCCCAUCCUAUCACUGGCUGGAGGCCCAUGAGGAUGCAGGGGAGGGGAGGGAAGAGGAGGAAGAGCGGGAAAGAUGGGAGUGUGCGGGACACUUGCCCCCUUGCGUGGGUGGCCACUAUAGCCAUGGGGGUCUGUGCCCAGGGACCUCAGGUUCCGAGCUGGAAGAGACCCGGAUGCAGGACAGUGGGUUCCUGCUGUCACCUCACAUACAGAAGGCUCUGAAAGGAGUGCAUUACAUAGCUGACCACCUGCGGGCAGAGGAUGCAGACUCUUCUGUGAAAGAAGACUGGAAGUAUGUCGCCAUGGUCAUCGACAGGAUCUUCCUCUGGCUGUUUGUCGUUGUCUGCUUCCUGGGGACCAUUGGGCUCUUCCUUCCUCCCUUCCUGGCUGGAAUGAUCUGAUCCUAUAUCCCAUUGCUGCCUUUCCUUGCUGCAUCUCCAGAGCAAGCCUCUGGGUCAAGGUCCUCUGACCGCAGCAUCCCUCACCAGUGUCCCUCACCAACGAAGACUUCCUGGGGCCAUUCCCUUGGCCUGACUGUGUUUCGUGCUGUGAAUCUGCUGUCACCUAAGAUUCCCCAGGAGGAGGGAUAUAGACAUUGAGUGAGAGGAGGCUUAGACUGGGGAAGAAGGGUUGAGGCCAGUUGAAGAGGAAGGGAGGGGGUGUCAAGAGAAUUGGGGCCAGAAAGGUGCGAACAAGGUUUGGGCUUCAUGAAUAAUUCCGAGGUGCUGGUUGGAAAUAGCCAGGAUGUAGGCCUGUGGGAGGAAGUUGAGAAGGUAGGUCGGACUAUCUCUUACCCGGGUUUGGACAGAAAUUCAGGGUCUGAGUCACAGGUGGCAAAGGCAAUUGGAAAGGUGGAUGGGGCGGGUCUGGCUGGCUGAGUAAGGGUGCUGAGCUACUUUGCCUCCACAGGGGAAAUACUUGGGACACACUCCCCCCACACACACACCUCAAGAUAUCUUCCUCUUCCACUUAGCUCUUCCUGGCUGUGAAUUGGUCCAGCACCCAGGAAGUAUUGACAUGGGGACACUAUCAAUCCUUGAAUACCCAGGGGCAAACAGGACAGGCUGAGCCCUUGGCCCCAGCUCUGGCUUACAGA